AUGUCUAACGACGCCUAUCAGACCCCGCUUGCUUCUCGCUAUGCCUCGAAGGAAAUGGCGGCGCUCUUCUCGUUGAAGACCCGCUAUAGCACUUGGCGCAAGCUGUGGUACAACCUCGCUGUGGCCGAGAAGGAGCUCGGUCUCAAGGCCAUCACUGACGAGGCCAUCGAGCAGCUCAAGGCGCACAUUGAGAUCACCGACGAGGAGAUCGAGGCCGCUACCAAGCAGGAGGCCAUUGUCCGUCAUGACGUCAUGUCGCACGUCCACGUUUACGGCGAGACUUGCCCCGCUGCGGCUGGCAUCAUUCACCUGGGUGCUACCUCGUGCUUUGUGACCGACAACGCUGAUCUCAUCUUCCUCCGCGACGGCCUGGAUAUCCUUAUUCCCAAGCUCGUCAACGUAAUUGAUCGUUUGUCCAAGUUCGCCAUGGAGUACAAGGACAUGCCCGUGCUUGGCUGGACCCAUUUCCAGCCCGCCCAGCUGACCACCGUCGGCAAGCGCGCUACGCUGUGGAUCCAGGAGCUGUUGUGGGAUCUGCGUAACCUUUCCCGUGCCCGCAACGACCUUGGUCUUCGUGGUGUCAAGGGUACCACCGGUACUCAAGCUUCGUUCUUGGCCUUGUUCAAUGGUGACCACGAUGCCGUCGAGGAGCUCGAUGCCCGGGUGGUUGAGCUUUUGGGCUUCGACUACGCCUACCCUUGCACUGGCCAGACCUAUUCCCGUAAAAUUGACGUCGAUGUUCUUGGUCCUCUUGCGUCUUUGGGCUGCUCUGCUCAUAAACUGGCCACCGAUAUCCGUCUGCUGGCCAACCUCAAGGAGAUGGAGGAGCCGUUUGAAAAGUCGCAGAUCGGCUCUUCGGCUAUGGCUUACAAGCGUAACCCUAUGCGUUCUGAGCGUGUCUGCUCGCUCGCCCGUCACCUGCAGUCGUGUUUCCAGGACGCAACCCAGACUGCCUCCGUGCAGUGGUUCGAGCGCACCCUGGAUGACUCUGCCAUCCGCCGCGUGUCUAUUCCCGGUGCUUUCCUGACCGCUGACAUUGUUCUUUCCACUCUGCUCAACAUUGUCUCUGGCUUGGUCGUCUACCCCAAGGUCAUUGAGCGUCGGAUCAGCGCCGAGCUGCCCUUCAUGGCCACCGAGAACGUCAUCAUGGCCAUGGUCAAAGCCGGCGGCGAUCGCCAGGAGUGCCACGAGCAAAUCCGCGUUCUGUCUCACCAGGCUGCUCGCGUCGUCAAGGAAGAGGGCGGCGACAAUGAUCUCAUUGAGCGUAUUCGUCGCACCGAGUACUUUGCUCCCGUCCACGGCCAGCUCGACGCCCUGCUUGAUCCCAGCACAUUCGUCGGCCGCGCUCCUCAGCAGACCGAGAAGUUCGUCAAGGUCACCGUGGCCAAGGCUCUUGAGCCCUUUGCUAAAUACGUCAACACCGAGAGCACCCAGCUUAGUGUUUAA